ACGACCCGGUCCACAUGGAAGGAAAACCGGGGAUGAUGCCAACCGUGGAGCGGUUUGUCAGUCCAGAGAAAGGAAACGGCCUGCGGGCCACAGCCGGGAUAAGCAGAGGGCAGCUGGUGAGCUGGGCUGAGCCGCUGGCCUGCUGCGUGUCCAACAAACGAGCCAGAGAGGUUUGCCACCACUGCUUCUCACGACGAGAGUCCUUGUUGAGAUGUUCUCAGUGCAAAAUGGCACGAUACUGCAACACAGCUUGCCAGAAACAAGCGUGGUCUGGCCAUAAGAGAGAGUGUAGGUGUCUGCGCCGUCUCCUACCCAGACAUCCUACUGACUCAGUUCGUCUGGCAGCAAGACUCAUAUUUGCCCUGUUAAAUCCUCCUAUGAACAUCAGUAAUGAGCUCUACACUUUAGAGGAACAUGAAUCACACUUGAAUUCCAUGUCUGAGGAGAAGAAGGAAGGUCUCUCUCAGCUGGCAUCUAUGUUGGAUCUGUAUUUACAACAGGAGGAUUCUGACCGGACGCAGGAAAUUACAUCUUCCUGUCAGGAUCCCCUUAGCCUCAUUGCAAAGGUGACGUGUAAUUGUUUCACCAUCAGUGACGGGGAGCUGCAGGAGGUUGGAGUGGGGCUCUAUCCAAGUUUAUCCCUGUUAAAUCAUGACUGUCGGCCAAACUGUGUGAUGGUGUUUGAGGGAACAAGGCUGCAGCUCCGAGCUGUCCAGGAUAUCAGCCCUCAAGAGGAGUUAACUAUAAGUUACAUCGAGACUCUGUCCUUGACUGAAGAGCGGCAGAAGCAGCUGGAGGAGCAGUACCAUUUCAUUUGCCGCUGCCAGAGAUGUGACUCAAAACAAGAGGAAGAACUCAUGCUGUCAGGGGAAGAAGAAAAUUGGCUCCAGCUGAAGGUGGCGCUACCCAAACUGGAAGAACUGAACGCUGAGUCAAAUUGGCAGGUGUUGUUGGAGAGCUGCGGCCGUCUCUUAUCAGCUGCUGGAGUUGAAGUUCCUGAUGAAAACCUGUAUAAGCUGAGGGUUACAGACCUGGCUUUAGAUGCUGCUGUUCACCUUGGACAGUGGGAGGAUGCUCUGAGAUAUGGCAUGAAGACGCUGCCAGCUUACAGGUUAUACUACCCUGAUCCACAUCCUGUACAUGGAAUCCAGCUGAUGAGAGUUGGAAAGCUGCAGCAUUACCUGGAGCACACUCAGGAGGCUUUAGACACAUUUAAAGAGGCCUUUAAAAUAAUGAGGAUCACUCAUGGUGAUGAUCACCCCCUGACCACCGACCUGAACAUGAGGAUGGAGGAAUGUCAUCAUGAGAUCAAGAAGCAGUUGUCUGGCAGACAUUAAGACAGACCAAGGACUAAUCACAAUAUAAUCCAUUAUCUGUAACACAGAUGGCAGAUAAGGAAAGUCUUUCUUUUGAACACUGACCAAUUUUUACCUUCCACGGUUACAGUCUCAAGCCUGAAACUACAAAUGUCUGUUUAAACUGCAUUCAGUUGUUUUAAAAUUUGGAACUAUUAGAUCAACUUUCAGAUGCUCUGGUUUACUGCUGUAAUUGCUUUAAAUGUUGUUUUUACAGAGUCAUGUGAGCUCUUUAUUACCUCUUCAUUAAAAACUUUCUGGUAUGAAUGGCUU